AUGUCGAGACGUGGACUCACAAUUGCCGGGCUUGCUGUCGCCAGCGGAGCCGGUUACUACCUCUAUAAAGCCGGGGGUGAUCCCAAGACCGCCGAGAAGCGUUUCGAAGCCGACGCUUCCAAGCUUUCCGCCGACAUAAAGAAGGAGCUCCCAGGCCGACAAAAGGAAGCUGAGAAGACGGCUCAAGCCUGGGCAUCACAAGCCGGCCAGAAGGUGGAUCAAACAUCUGCCGAGGCCAAAGCCAAACUGGCAAAAGCGGAAGCGGAAACGAGAUCUAAACUGGCCGAGGCCGAGGCCAGGGCCAAAGAGUUGGGCGCAAAGACGAACAAAGAGUUCAACAGUGCCGUCGACAAGUUUGACAAGACGGUCGAAGAUAAAGCGGCGAAGGCAAAGAGUGGACUUAGCAGCUGGUUCGGUGGCAAGUAG